AGCCAGUCAAGGGGAAUGUUUGCCAAGUGUUUAGCCGAAGCAGAACCUACACCGCCGACGGGGGACUUGAUGAAAUUGGGACUCGUAAAUGCACUUCCAUUCAUCGGAUUCGGCUUCCUGGAUAACUUCACCAUGAUUAUUGCGGGCGACUACAUCGAGCACACGCUCGGCCUGUUUAUGUGCAUCUCGACGAUGGCGGCGGCCGCCCUGGGCAACACUAUCAGCGACGUCAUCGGCAUCGGGUCCGCCUUCUACGUGGAGAAGCUGGCCGAGAUGAGCGGCGUACGGCCCCCGAAGCUGACCCCGAUCCAGCUCGAGAUGAAGGCGAGCCGACGAGCGGCCAACCUGGGUCGCGUGUGGGGCAUCACAAUCGGAUGCCUGCUGGGGAUGUGCCCGUUGCUGUUCAUGAAGGACGAGGACAAGGGGGACAAGAAGAAGGGCGAUAAAAAGGACAAUGGCGAGGAUGCCAACAGCCAGACCACGCCAGAGCUGGUGGUCCUGGAAGGCAGCAGCAAGUAAAGACGAUGAUACCUUCGCCACGGGUUCAGUCAGUUAUAAGAUAUUGUUCGCGCGUACUUUAUACGGCUCAGGCGGCUCGAAGUGCCGCGCACUCUGUUUGUGUUAUUCAACGAUUACUUUAUACAAAGCUGUUAUGACUUUCUAUUUAUUCUGUACAGUAAUCGAAACUGUGUAAAUAAUACGUUUGUGGUCUCACCGCGCUCAACAUUAUAACAGAACCUAACUCACAUUUUCACCCCUUAACCAACUCUAGAGAAUAACUUUGUUAAACGAUGCGUUUCUUGUUAAUAUAGACUUUUUCAACACACACACACACUAGUCUUUCAAAAAGUUAGGAGAAUGAACGCUAACUUAACUUUUAAGGUACCUAACUCUCGUCGCCCAGAAGCAAACUUUGGUGCAGAACAACCGUGCGUCUCCACACCUCCAAUUACAGACAGACAAAUUUGGCUAGAGCCAAACAGUUUGUGCCGCCUCAAGUAUAGAGCUAAACUUAUGUUGCAUUUAGCACAGCAAUCGUGGCUCAUUUUGCUUCAUUAUGUGUAGACACUAGGAACAGGAACAAAAUUGUACUUAUUAUAUUCUCAUUCUGGAGUAAUUACUUAUUAGAACACAAUUGGGUCCACUAGAAUUGGCAAACGGUAAACACUACUAAUAUAUAAAAACGAAUUAGAGUUAGAGGUACAAAGAGCAAGAAUUGAGUGAUUUUAGGUCAAAUAAAUCUUUCAAAACGAAAUACGAUCCCGGAUAUGUAAGUGCUGAAAUAAAACGAAAAUUUUAAAU